AAAGAGAGAUUAAAAUUGGUUUAAAUUGUCGUAAAGACCUACUUCUUCUACCUCUCUUCCUUUUCUAUUUAUCGGUGUGUGUUUCUCUCUCUCUCUCUCUCUCUCGCCACCGAUCAUCACCACCGCCCUCGAAAUCUACGUCAUCCGCCGCUUCUUUUGAUCUCUCUCUCUCUCUCUCUCAAAAGAUGCAUGCGUUGCUUGAUUGCGGAAUUUUGGGAAGUUCCAGUUCAAUCGAGUGAAAAAGCUGAGCUUUCUUUUUGAUUUUGGAUGAAUUGGUUUGAUCUAUGGAUCGGAAACGUUUAGGUUGGCUUUAAACCUUUUUCAGGGAAACGAUGCUGGGUUUGAAUGUUCUGAUUGAUCUGUGCAAAUAAUUACAAAAGCUCUUUGUAAAAUUUUGGUCCUUUUUGAGCUAUCAUGACCAGUAGUGUCCAAGGAGAGACAAUGGAUCUUGAUUUGAAUCAAGAGCCAUCUUCUGAUUCUGAGUCUCCGGCUAGUUUGAUGACGGAGUUUUCUCCUUGGUUAAAUGAGCUUGAAUCUGCACAAGAGCGGAUUGAAGAGCGCAUAAGACAGCUCGAAGCUAUCGUUUCAAGAAUCAGGGAACGAGAAACAAGAACAACAACACCAGCUUUGGUCUCGCCUAACGAACAUAGAGAUUCAACUGCAGGAGUUAUACAUGAGCGUUCUAGAGAGAGACUUGUGGAAAACAGCGAGAACAAGACUUAUUUAAUAGCAAAGGCAUUGAACAUGGAGAAAACAAGUUCUGUUCCUGGUGGGUUCUUUGACUGCAACAUAUGUUUGGAGAAAGCUGAAGAUCCUAUUUUGACUUGCUGUGGUCAUCUGUUCUGUUGGGGUUGUUUCUAUCAGUUGCCUUUGAUUUACUUAAACAUAAAGGAAUGUCCGGUUUGCGAUGGGGAAGUGACAGACGCCGAGGUGAUUCCGAUAUACGGUAAUGGAGAUGAUUGUGAUGGUACUAAACCCAAGUUAGAAGAGUGUGGUAUUAGUCUACCUCGAAGGCCUAAUGCUAAAAGAGUGGAAAGUGUUCGUCAAAAGAUCAUAACCCGAGGGAUUCCUUUCCUCCCUGGGCACGAUCACGAAACCAUCGAACAUAUUAGAAGAACUAUUGAUUCCAUAGGACUACAAGCAUUAGCUCAAGGCGAUGAGUUUGGUUUGACAAACAUAAUAAACACUGGAGGGCAACAACAACAACAACAGCAUCAUCAUCAGCAGCAUCCGCCUUUCGGAUCAUUGAGUUUAUUAACAUCAUUUACUGGUUUCCCAGGUCUUGUAGUUGAUACGUCGGACAUACCCUCCUUUGAUGAUGAUGCUUUUGAUGUUGAUAGUUUUGUUGACACAACCAGUCUGAGAAGAAACCGUCGAAGACCUUCACCAGGGGUACGAGCCUCUUAUCAGAGAAACCGAAGUACCAAUGCUUCGCAGACGAUUUCGUUCAGGCUUGGUUCUGCAGCUCCAUCAACACCUGGAGAGUUUGCUGUACCAAGCUCCUCCAUUGCUACGAGAAGCCAAACUGUGAAUCCUACUGAAGUGGUUACUUCUGGUACUUCUGCUUCAUCUUCUAGGAGAAGAACAGAAGAUGUAAACAAUGGACCUCGGACCAGGUCUAGAAGGAGGCUGAGGUAACUGUAAAACCGUGGCCGGAAUCUUGACACCCAGUCUGCUUUUCGACCACUGCUGGAGCUCCAUCAUUACUAAAACCUCAUUUGACUGUCUUCUCUCUGAAUAUGGUUGAAUGUAUGUAUGCACAUUCUUUGUGUACUUGUAAUUUCUGCUAGCCUCUUAAACUUUUGGAUAUACAAUAGCUUUGUUCUUUUGUUAAAAUAAUUUAUUUAACUUAAUUUCUUGAAA